AUACUUAUGCCGCUCGGAGCUCGGAGAAGCAAGAGGGAUGGGAAGCGAUUGACAGUUAUAGGAGAAAAAUACAGUCGCCUGUCUGUUAUAAUAUAUAUUUUUUUAGUUGAUUCCGACGCUGUAAGUUAAGUAGAGUUGUUGGAGCGUGAAUGAGACCGCGCAAAGCCCGAUUUGUGGUUUUGAGGGAAGGGGGUAGACAGGAAAAGGCCACAGCUGCAUCCCUCCUUAAGGCUUACUAAGGAAUAAGAUUGACCAGAUCCAAGUUGCUUAUAACAGUGCCCAUGGCAAUUCAAACUAGUAUUCAGGUGUGGUUUGGAGAAAAAUUUGAUAUACCAGCAUUAAGUCCCCGAAGUCCAUUAACACCAAGACAUGGCCCUGGUUUGGCAGAUGUGUUCCAGUAUGACCAGUGGCUUUCAGUACGACACGAGGCCACCUUGGUGCCAAUGCAGGAGGACUUGGCCAUCUGGCUGACUGGCAUGUUAGGGCGAGAAGUGAAAGCACAUCGUUUCAUGAAAGAACUGGAUAAUGGAGUUUUGCUGUGUCAGUUAAUUGGAGUCCUACAGAAAAAAAUAUCUGAAUGCUGUAAACUGGAGAAAGUCAAGCAAUUUCCUAUGAAAAAGGUUUAUUUCAAGAAAAGUGCUCCUUCAGGAUCAUUUUUUGCUCGUGACAACACUGCAAACUUUCUUAGCUGGUGUCGGAAUAUUGGUGUAGAUGAGACCUACCUCUUUGAAUCUGAGGGUCUGGUUUUGCAUAAAGAACCAAGACAGGUGUGCCUUUGCCUCUUAGAAAUAGGAAGAAUUGUAUCUCAGUAUAAUGUAGAACCUCCAGUUUUGGUGAAGUUUGAAAAAGAAAUUGAACUGGAAGAAACACUGCUCACUGAAACGGGUCCUCCAGCACCAGCAACGACUUUCAAUGUAUGCUGUCAUCAAGGAGAUCUUCACGAGGCGGUACAACAUAUUGCACAAGAUCCUCCAUGCAACUGCUCUCACAGGUUUUCUAUUGAGUAUUUGUCUGAAGGGAGAUAUCGGUUAGGUGGUAAAAUCCUUUUCAUAAGGAUGCUGCAUGGAAAACAUGUGAUGGUGCGUGUUGGUGGAGGCUGGGAUACACUUCAAGGUUUCUUGCUGAAGUAUGAUCCAUGUAGAGUGUUACAGUUCAGCACUCUUGAAGAAAAAAUUCUCUCUUUUCAAAAGGGAGGUUUAGGACCACUCGAUGUUCCAGCAUCACCAGCCAGGACUCCUCAGACACCAACCCUCAAUCCUUUAUCAGCUAUUAAUUUUUCUUCAUCCUCUAAGCCGAACUCCCCUGCUUUGGUAUCUAGUCUACCUGGAAACAAUGCGCAGACUUCAAGUAAAGUUUCACGGACACCUGUGGCUACACCACGAACGGCAAUAAAACAAUCUCCCUUGCCAUCUACAAAAUCUGUACUUCUGUCUAGUCCAGCAGCUGAUGUCAUUCAGAGUCCAAUGAAGAGCACACAUUUUUCACGACGGAGUCCUGUAACACUUACUAAAAACCUAGAUAGCCAAACAAAGCGUCCCCAAACGCCUUUGACACGUCCCACAACAGUGGCUUCUCUAAAGUCCUCAACAUCCAGGAGUGUACAGAGUCCAGCUUUACCGAAGAAUCAACAUGUUUGUGCUGUCAAAUGUUCAAAGACAUCAAGUAAUAAUCCAAGGAUAAUUUCUAAACCCACACCUUCAGUAGCAAAAUCCCUUUCAUCUACUUCCAAAUUAAAGUCCACUGUGACAUGCCCUGAAUUUAAGAGUUCACCAGUUUUGGCUACAAGGACAGUACCUACAAAGGAUCGGUACCACCAAAAGAACGUCUUGGAGUCGUCUUCUCCUCUAGCUACUCCCACUGUUCAUCGAAGACUUUCGCAAAGACGCCCUGGGUCGCCUGCUGCUUCACUUAGGAUCAACACUGAACAUAUCUCGGAAAAACCUAAUCCUCGUCUUAAGAAUGAGAAGAUCAGUAACCGGAAAGCUCCAGCUACAAGCUGCACUACACUUAAAAAGAAUUUGAUUUCUAGUACUAACAAUCCUAAAAAUACCACAAAAUUACCUCAUUCCACUGAUGUUACUAUCAAAAGACAUGUGGAAACAACUGUAAGAAACCCCACAGCAUGUACCAAAACUACUACUUCUGUUUAUUCUAAUGAAAAAAAUAUGACAAGGACCCCUUUGUCAGUGGUAAAGAACAGACAGACUGCAGUGAAAACUCCUGAUGCUCCACAGCACACACAGUCUGCUAAGACCCCAGUUACUGUUAGACAGAAUGCAGAGAUAUCAAAGGUGCAAAGUUGUGUGAAAAAGAACAACUCAAAGCCAAAGAGCCCUGCUCCGUCAAAGAACAAAACUGAGGACCCUUACUUUGUAAUGAACAGCAAGAAAAAACAAAAAUAAUAAUUUUUUUGAGCAUAUUUAAAAUAUCAUUUUGGACAUGUAUGCAUUUACUUGUUCUGUUUGCAAAUAAGUAAUCUAUAGUUUUACUAUUUUAUUUUUAAAGCUUUGAAUAAGGUUUCUUUAAUUCACUACAGUAUUGUGACAAUGGAAUUUUUACAUACGUGUCAGCCGAUAUGAACACAAAUAGCACUAGCAGUUGUGUUUUUGUAGUCUGGUUCACCUUUUUUUGAAAUGAUGCAAUAGUGUCAAGUAAGCCGUUUUUUUCAGUAUGUUACAAUUUGCUGAUUAAAGACUUGGUUGAAACAACAGAUAUAGAAGCCCUGCAGGACUUUUAAAUGGAGAGUGCAUUUCCAUUUAGCGGUUCCAUACAGUAUACCAAAUAUACAUUAGAUUUUAAAAUAUUUUAAUAUUCAGCUGCCUUCUGAAUGAAUAUUUGAAAGUAAAUUAAAACCUUGAAUUAUGACUUUGAAUGUAUGAAAUGCGGCAAAUGAGCAGGCUGUACUUUUUAAAACUAUAAUUCCAUUUUAUUUUACUUUACUGAAGAAAGCAUUUAUCACAAUGACUGAAAGAUGAUUUUAACAAUAAGUAAAAAUAUAUUUUCGACAUGAGAGAGUGAGAAUUUUGCAUUUUAUGUAAAAAUCCUGCUCAGGUUAACUUAAUGUGGGAAAUCCCACUGAUCUUUCAAAAGCUUAAAUAAAAACUUACCCUUGUUUAUAAUUUUAUUCAAAUAUAGUAUUGAGUUCAAAAAUAAAAACACAACUUGUUUUGUAUCACGUGAUUAAAAAAUGUGAUCAUGUGGCAAAGCAAUCAGCUCACAGUGCUGUUUUAAGUUUUGGUAUUGUACUGUUAGCAAGGCGAUGACAGUGAGAUGGAUCGAUGCUUAAUUAAAAAUAAAAACAAAAAAUGUACAUAGCCCUGACAAAACCAUUGCCAUUCAUCCAUUAAAUGUAAUGAAUUUACAGCUUUGUCAAAUAAAAAAACUGAGGUGUCAA